AUUUGGCUUACGGACCUGCCACUCAUCUAUAGCAGAGGGACCGAGUUGCUUGCCCAUUUACACCACGCUGCAUCAACCAGGCGCGUUGACGAGCGCCGCUGCAGGCCUGCUCCAGGAAAAGAAAUCUGAUCCGUGCAAAAUCAAGUGGGGCCUGUUAUUUGUUUGAGAUCAAGAAGGAUAAAAAUAUAGACAUGGACCUUGAAAGUGUGGUUCCAAGGAGUAUGGCGUUCCAUUUACUGGAAAAAAUAACAGAUGGUUUCUCCGAGCAACGGAAACUAGGUAGCGGAUAUAUAAAAAAGGGACUGUAUGAAGAUGGAAAAAAGAUUGCGGUGAAGAUGCUUUAUCCAAUGCCUGGACUUGACGAUGAACAAUUUGAGAAAGAGUAUCACAACCCAGCAAGUCUUCAUCACAAGAACAUUGUGCAAUUAGUUGGCUAUUGCCAUGAAACUAGGCGAGAAUAUUUGCCCUACAAUGGGAAAAUGGUUCUUGCUGAAAUGACACAGAGGGCGCUUUGCUUUGAGUUUAUGCAGAAUGGAAGCCUUGACAGCUGCAUUUCGGAUGAAUCUAAUGGCCAUGAUUGGCACACACGCUACUCAAUAAUUAAGGGGAUUUGCCAUGGUUUGAAAUACCUUCAUGUAGAGCUAAAACCUCCUAUUUUUCAUCUGGAUUUAAAACCAGCCAAUAUAUUGCUGGAUGAGAAUAUGGUACCUAAAAUAGCAGAUUUUGGAUUGUCAAGGCUGUUGGGAGAAGAACAAACCCAAAUCACAAAUAGUUCUUUAGGAACACGCGGGUAUUUACCACCGGAAUACAUAGAGCGGAAUGUUAUCUCAAACAAGUUUUACAUAUUCAGCUUGGGUGUUGUUAUCAUAAAAUUAAUGACAGGACCUACGGGCUACUCCAAAUGUGCUGAAAUGUCUUCACAGGAGUUCAUUGAACAGGUGCAAAGAAACUGGAGGGAUAGGUUACUCGCAACGUCGGUGUAUGCUUCAGAGCCAUAUUAUGAAGAAAAUGAAGACAUUCAUUGAAAUAGCUUUAAGGUGUGUGGAGACUGAUCGGCAUAAAAGGCCGAGUAUAGUCGGAUAUUGUUGAUAAAAUAAACGAGACAGAGAAUAUGAUACGGUUAGGCACAUGCUGGCCACGGCUAGGACAGGAAUACGUAGGAGCACUAUGACUGGUCGAAUAUAGUGGAUCAGCAAGUUUGUGAUAUUUGUGUGUGGUGGCCUGCACAGUUGGGCGAGCUCAGUGAGGAGGAGCUCCGACAGUAUGAUGGGUCAGACCGCACGAAGCCCCUUCUCAUGGCAAUCAAGGGUCAGAUCUAUGACAUCACACGGAGCAGAACAUAUUAUGGACCCGGUGGACCAUAUGCGAUAUUUGCUGGCAAAGAUGCCAGCAGAGCUCUAGCCAAGAUGUCCUUCGAACCCCAGGAUUUGACCAGCGAUGUCUCCGGCCUUGGUCCAUUCGAGCUUGAUGCGUUGAUAGAUUGGGAAUACAAGUUUGUUAGCCGUUACAACAUGGUUGGCACGGUCAAAGAGGAUGAUUCAGAUGAAAGAAGACGACACAAGCACAUCCCAAUGAGACCACCGCGCGCCGUAGAGGCGGGGCAUCUGUGUAGAAGCCGGUGACAAGCUGAGGGAGGCCAGCUGGGAAGGAGGAUGAGGAGGAGGUGGCACACAAGGAGUCAAGGACUUAGCUGCAGUUUUUUUUCCUCAGUCCAUACGAUCCAAAAUAGGACCGGAUUCUAUUAUCGUUCGAUCAAAAUAGGACCGGAAGUCAGAUCUAAGUUAGUGUAAUUCGAUAUAUGACUUGUAAGUUGUAACUGGGUUGUUUCUCCUGCCUGCCUCAUAGCUAUAUGGGAAGCUGCGGCUGGUGUAGCCUGUAGCAGAGCCUUGAAAUUCAGAAUGCGAGUGCCAUGUUGGCAUAUAGAUUGCGUUACUGGCAGAGUUCAAGCUAUCUGUCUCAUGUUCCUUUUAGCAAUAUAUGUAGCAUGCCAUGCCCUUGUGAAAAUCCUUCACAAGUUUUAUAUCUUCUUCAUUGCAUUCUGGUUAAUCGUGAAAAUAUUCCCUUA